CUGGGUAACAUAUUUAUUAGAAUGUUUUAUAACACAUUGGUUUUUAUUAGUUUUGUGGCGUUAUCUGUCGUUACCGCUUAUGAUGGUGAGUUUAAUGUCGACGGAACGCCUUUAACAGUAAAUAAAGAAGUAUUUGCAUCAUUGGAUGAGCCCGCACCAGGAGUAGUACCUACUCCUGAACCUACACCUGUACCGAAACCCGAGCAAAAAUGUGAAAAAGUAAAAUUUAGUUGCGUGAAUUCGUGCAGUUCACCCGAAAUGCAGUAUUGUACGGAAAUAGGAGCAGAUCCGGUUAAGGAAUCCUGUAGCCCAGAUCAAGUGUGCGCUGAUCAAAGUGGAUAUCUACAGUGCACCAAUAAAGAAAGUACAGUCUGCAAAGUACAAGGUUUCAAAUGUCCGUCACCAUCGAGAUUUUAUCCAAAUAUAAAUGAUUGUCAAAGUUAUUAUUAUUGUGACGAAAACAGUAUAGGAACCCAAUAUUAUUGUCCCGCAAAUUUCGCGUAUGAUCCAUUGCGCCAUAAUUGCGGACCUAUGGCUCUGGGCACAAAAUGCUAUACAGUUACAUGUCCUGCACAGCCUAAGGUGCUUCCGUACAUUGGUGAUAAAUCAUUAUACGUCGUAUGUAUGGCCGGAAGAGGAACCGUAUUGCAAUGCGAAGAACCCGCUGAGUUUUCCCCAAGGAGCGAAACUUGUGUCGGGCAAUGCCGAGCACGUGGAAAAUUUGCUUUCAAGAACGACGCUACAUGCCGAAAGUUCUUCACGUGUUUACGUCCUAAAGGCGAGCCAGUUCCUGAUCAAUGUCCGAUUGGAACAGUAUUUAACCAAGCUACUCAAAGCUGCAACACAGGAACUUGCGAGAGGAAACCUAAAUUAUAUUAA